AAACACACCCACAUACUCCCUCCAUGCAGCCUGUCUCUCUCUCUCCUCAGCUCAGUCCUUCCUCCCCGCAGCGGGCAGUCCGCUCCGUCUGGAUACUGUUGCGUCUUGCGAAGCUUUUCUUUCUUCCGCGCUCUCUCUUCUUCACCAUGUAUCCGAUUUGGGAAUAACAUCCGUGCACUUCUCCUUCAUCCACUUCCCGGUCGACAUUACGCAGCUGAGAGUACUUUUUGAAAGAACCGGAGCUACAGGAGGGCCUCUUUGCAGUGAAAACAUGAGUUUGGUGGACGUGAGGCAGACAGCCGGGUCCCUGACCCUGCCCCUGUCCAGCAACAGCCCCAGAGAGCGCCACUUUGACCCAGAGAGCGACCCGGAGCACCACCUCCGCGGCAGGACCCUGUCGCCAGACCUGAGGCAGGACUUCAACAUGAUGGAGCAGAAGAAACGAGUCACCCAAAUCUUGCAGAGUCCAGUGUUUAAAGACGAGCUGGAGGGACUGAUCCAGGACCAGCUGACAAAGGGCAACAACCCCUCUGGCCUCCUAGCCCUGAGGCAGAUCGCUGACCUGGUCAUGGCGAGCACAGUGGGAGGGGCUGGCCCCUUGACGUCUCCCAUCAGCUUUGGAAUGGUGACUCCGGUCAAUGAUCUGUACGGCAUUGAGACACCCUCCUUUGCCAAAGGAGAGAAACAGAGUCGCUGCAAGCUGGCCACCCUCUACAGGCUUGCUGACCUCUUCAGCUGGGCUCAUUUUACAAGCUCCUACAUCACGGUGCGUGUCAGUAAAGAGCAGGACCAUGUUCUUAUCAGUCCACGAGGUCUCUCGUUUGCUGAGGUGACGGCAGCAAAUUUGGUGAAAGUAAACAUAAUUGGCAACGUUGUGGACCAGGGUUCCACUGAACUGGGCAUCGACCAUUUUGGAUUUGCUCCUCAUGCUGCCAUUUACUCCAUGCGCCCUGAUGUGAGAUGUAUCAUCCAUAUACACACCCCGGCUACAGCUGCUGUGUCCUCGAUGAAAUGUGGAAUCCUGCCCAUUUCCCAGGAGGCUUUGCUUCUYGGAGACGUGAGCUGCUUCUGUUACUAUGGCAGCCUGGAUAAUAAAGAGGAGAAGGUGGAGUUUCAGAAAGCUCUGGGCCCGACUGCCAAGGUGAUGCUCCUGAGGAACCAUGGGCUGCUGGCUUUAGGAGAAACAGUAGAGGAAGCUUUUCACUAUGUGUACCACUCACAGCAUGCCUGUGAAAUCCAGGUGAACUCUCUGAGGUGUUCAGGUGGCGCGGACAACCUCGUGCUCCUGGACAAGGAGAAGUUCAAGCCCCUGACSCAGGGAGUGGCCGCCGCCGGGGUGGUGAUAGACAACGAGGUCAAGUGGAAGGUGGGCGAGGCCGAGUUCGAGUCRGUCAUGAGGAUGCUGGACAACCUGGGCUACAGAACAGGUUACUCCUAUCGCAACCCGAUCGUCCGUGAAAAACCCCGCUCUAAGAAUGACGUGGAGAUCCCCGCCACAGUAUCAGCCAUGCCGGCUGAGGACAGUGAGCUGGGUCUGCGCAGCCCCUUAAAGUUUAUGGCGCAGAAACAACAGAGGGAAAGGACUCGGUGGCUCAACUCGCCCAACAGCUACUUGAAGGUCAAUGUCCCUGAACAGUCACCCAGCGGGGAAGUCAGCCCCAGAUCCAAAAUCAUGUGGAUGAAGUCGUCACAGCCWGGCAACAGCGUUGGCACCCCAAUAAAAAUCGAGGACCCCAACCAGUUUGUCCCACUUAACACCAAUCCUUCUGAGGUUUUGAGUAAAAGGAACCGGAUAAAAGAGCAGCACAGAGGUGAUCAGAUGACUGCAGGACCAAAAUCACAAUUGCUAGCAGGCAUUGUUGUGGACACCAUCCCAGGACCAGCUUUCAUCUAUGAAGAUGAGGAGCAGACCCGCUCACUUCCACCCAAUCCCUUCAAUGAGCUAACAGAGAAGGUUCUGGAAGAAUACAAGAGCAUCAUAGAAAGAAAAAAGCAAGGCCAGGAAGAGGAUGAUGAUGCUACUGAUGCUGAUGAGAUGACCACGUUUGAUGGCUCCACUAUCUCCCUCUCCCUGUCCCCUCUCAUGACACCCACUAAACAAGACACGAUACCCAAUGGGAAAGACCACUUGGCAGAGCUGGAGGAGGAUCUGAGCAUGGAAGUAUCCAAGCUGAGCGUGAGCACUUCAGAAACAGAGAUCUCCAUAACAACAAAGGAGAAGACGGGGGAGCCUCAGACCCCGGAGAGCCAAACCAAGUCCCCCAAGAAAAAGAAAAACAAGUUCCGCACACCUUCGUUCUUAAAAAAGAGCAAGAAAAAGAAGGAGGAGAAGGAUAAAACAGAAGCUUGAGUGCAUUUUCUUUUGAUGCAAAGAGCGUUUUGUGAUUUGGAAAAAAAAAAGCCUUUUUUAGUUUGGCUGAAGCGAGAUAAGAGAAUCUGCCUGAAAGUCUGCUAAGACAGCAUUUAUACACUUCCUACAAAAUUAACCCUUAUUUAAACUAUUAUUCCAUGUUCCUAAAAGAUGGUGGUGUUAUGGACAGUUUUGUUCUGAUAAUUUGGGAUUAACAAAUGGGAGCUCACUCAGAUACAAAACAAAUAAAUGCAAAACUGCAUUUCUGUGGUUCUUACCCAUAUUUUUAAUGGGUUCAGCAGUUCAAACAAAGAUGCAUCAGAUUGGACCAUGCAUAAUUGUGCUUAUUAUUUUAAUAUUAAUAUUAUUGCACACAUUAUUGAAUGUAUAAGAUCUAGGACUUUUGUUAAAUCAKGUUUAACAGUAGUUGAGUGAGUGGAAAAUAUAGAUUAUAUGAUGAGCUUUUUAAAAAUAUGAUUUGAAUUUAAACACAAUCACAUUUAUACUUGUGAUAAUAUAUGUUGGUUUAUAUAUAUAUAUAGUAUAUAUAUGACAAUAUAGUGUUUGAUAGUUCCAUAAAUGAUUUGAUAUUCUUUACAUACUAAGUUUUACACUAAACAUGCUGUGAUUAACAAGUGUAUUUACACGUAUAUGUGGUGUUCCCAUGUUUGCUGCUUUAUUGUCGUGACAAGGAAUUGACUGUGACUAACAGGAAGAGCUGAUGAUUUGUCUGCAUAUUGUUUAUAUGAGUGGGGGAAAAAGGUUGACUUUUUCAUAAUCGCCUUUUUUUUAUUUUUGAUGGUAACUGAAUGUGCUCAGUCUGAAUCACAGAAAGUUGAAUAUGGUGAAUGUUUUAAACUGUUCUGUUUAAAAAGUAGAGAACGUAACAGGCUGUAGAAAGCUUUAUUUUUUUUUUUUGUUGGUGGAGUUUUAUAUAAAGGAUGAAAUAGUUGCAUCCCAGUCAACAAUGUGAAUGAUUUGUUUGAACCCAAAGGGAGCAAACUUUGUGUAAAUAAUUUUUUUUUCCUUGUGACUUUGUUAAACCAAAUGUUAGAGAUGUGACAGUACAAUCUAAUAUUAUAUUUUAACAUUUUACGUGUCCAUAAUGUUUUACCCACUUUACCUGAGCUCCAUUAUUACUGAACGUGGGCAGCAUUUGUGUGUUUGCAGAUUUUAUGACUGUUGUACGUGUGCUCUUAUUUGUAUCACCUGAGCUUUCUUUUCUUUAGUGCUUUCCAUCACAGACAUCGCGCUUCAUCGUCAGUCCUUUAAAACUGUCUUCUACUUGAAGUAAUAAAAGCUGAAAUAUUUUCCAUUAUA